AUAUUUCCUUUUCUCUUUAAUGUUCGGAUCGUGUGCUGGUUCUGGUUGUGCAGUGUUUGUGAGCGGUUGUAAUGUUUUGGCUGUUGUCCUGUGAGCGUCUGUAGUGAAGUCGGUUACUGUGGAGACGGGCAGCGCGCGCUCAGACACACAGACGGGCCACAGACAGACUGGAUCAAUAAACUCAGACGGCUUGAUCCAUCAGAUCCAUGAAAUCCAUGAGGCUGUUCUCCAGCUUAUUUGGUUUCUAUAGGAACAGAUAGUAGGUGGUGCCAGCUAUGCCUGCGGGCAGAGCAGAUGCCAGUGUAAAGGCCCGAACCCCAGCCAGUGCCAGGACUGGCAGUGUAAGAACUUCCAGUGCCAGGACUGAAAGUCUGAGGACUAGCAGUGUAAGGACUGGCAGUGUGAGGGGGCAGUUUUGGGAGAGGUCAUCUUUGGUUGGUUCUGCCGGGUCUGAUUCUGCUCUGCCGGCUCUAUCGCCGGUGUUGCUGGCGGAGCCUCCACCAGGCCGGGCACUGGGCAGGCCUCGGGUAUCACCGUCCGCGGACCUGUCCGUGCUGGAGCUCCCCCUGCUGGUGGCUAAAGUAGGUCCGCAGGUGGCGGCGGGCGAGUCGGUGUGGUCGGAGGGGCCCGGUCUGGUGGCGGCGGCUCUUGGUGCUGAUAUUCCUCUCAGAGCAGCUAAACCUCCUCAGCUAGUAUCAACUGGUUCUGCAGAACAGGAUGUUCCUGUACAGAAACAUAUGGAGACAGACGGAACCAGAAUCAAGCCAGAAAGAAGGACUAAGCGUGGUCCUCUCAGUGGUGUGGAGGUGUUUGAGAUGUUGGUAAAGAAAAGAAAUUCGGAUGAGCUGCAGUUCUUCUACCUGAAAUCUGCAGAGGACGGACCAUACAGGCCGUAUGACCUGCAGGUGGUCCCGCGCAGUAAAGCCGGCUCAGACCACCAUGUGUUUUCAGCUGCAGCAGCACUGCAGGUGCAGGGGGGGCACAGUGCUGAACUGGUGACUCCGGCUGAGUGGUAUAGAGAGGCUGUGCUGUGGAGCGCCCUGAGAGAGAUUCCCUUCUUCAGACUCUUCCUCCUACAGAAAGCUUUCACACGGUGGAGGCGUGGUGUGUGCCGGGUUGUGUUUGGGCACAGGCGGAAGCUUCUGGAGUCUCGGCUGUUGAUGGCAGUGCCACAAUUCAGAGAGGCUUUACUUCAUUUCUCCAGGCUGCUGGAGGAGCUUAAAUCCGUGCAAUGGCUUCCAAAAGACAAGAGCCGAACCUUCACUCUCCAGGAAUUCCAGACCUCGCUCCUGAACAUCACACAGGAAUCCCAGAGUUCCCUACUGAGAUUCCUCCAGUACCGCUCUCUCAUACUCACCACAGUCCAGGAAAGCUGUUACAAAGCUCAGCAAGAGUUACAGUGUCAGGAGGAACAUUCCCAGGUGCGCCAGCCUCGCCAACCUCUACACCAGCAGCCUGCCCUCACCCUCAGACUGGACACGGAGCUGACCCGGGCACAACACGCCCUCCACAGACUGGGGAACAUCACUGCUCUGAUAGACCACAUGACCAUCCAGAGCCUGACCACCAUCACUCAGCAAGAGACCACCAGCUUCCUCACCAAGCUCCUGCAGAGGGAUCCAGCACGGCAGGGGGGUCUGUUCCAGGCGAAGCUGGUGUUGGGAGAAGAUGGACAGAUUACUGUCGUUCCUCCCGUCCACUCAUUUCAGCAGGUUCUUUCUGAAGCCCUGCUGUCAGUGAGAGACUCGAUUCUUCAGGUGUUUGACUUCAGUAGUGCAGAAGAUUCUUCAAUAGCUAGCCUCUUACUCACCAAUCAGCAUCCUUCAUCCAGCACUGACCUUCCAUCUAACAUGAUUCGGCCAAUCAGCAGAGCAUCCAGAGACAGAGGAUCCACUCAUGCGUGUCCUGACAGUCUUUCAUCCCUCAAGAAGCUCCGUGGUCCCUCAGCCUCAGACCUGCUGCUACCCACCCUACCCUCUCUGAGAGCUGAGGGGAAGCAGGUACAAGGGCAGUGCCAGCCCCUGUCCAGAGAGCAGCUGGAAUGGCACCUGCAGCUCCAUGCUGGCACACAGGAGAUACACACACGGCAGACCAGCACCAUCACUCAGGAGGCUGUGCAGGAGGUUCAGCAGUGGUGUGAACGCUGUUCCUGGCUGAUGGAUACGCUUCAGUUUGCUAAGCAGUGGAGCACGGCCUCAGCGGAGAGCAUGCGGGGGUGGCCUGCCCCCCAAUACAGACAACUCAUCCAACAGGCACAGCACUGGAGAGAGCGAGUGGGCACCAUGCCAGCUGGCUUUACCACCACCAACCACCUCCUCACCAUCACCAGCUCUCACAUUCAGCAGCAGCUCGGGUCUGUAUUGACCUCCAUCUGGCAGGAUGCAGUAACAGCCCUGUGUGACGAGCUGCAGCAGCGCUCAGAGAACCUGACGUCUGAUCUGAGUCAGGCUGUGCAGAGACUGGAGUCUCAACCCUCAACCUUUAGAGACUUCACCCGGCAUGCCGGCAUGGUGAAUCUCUACAGGGAGAGGUCAGCUGACCUGAAACAGCAGCUGGACUCCCUCUACUGCCUUCAGGAGAUAACAACCCAGCUACCUCACAGUGACAUGACUCCAGGGGAUCAUCCCUCGAUAGAGCAGACUCUCAAUCUGUGGAACCAGUUUGUUCUUUUACUGGAACAAGCAGCAGAUACGGUCACCAAACAGCUGCCCACGUUGAUGACCACUCUGGACAGCACCUUUUCUUCACUGACCACUGAACUACAGGAUCUGGUCCACCGAGCCACCACAGGACCGUACACUGACCCGACGCAGAGUGCGGGUCCAAUCACUGCUGAGCUCAGAGUGAUGUGUACUCAGCUUAACGUAAUAGAGGCUCAGCUGGACGAGUUGAGCUCAGCCAGCCAAACUUUGACAGGAAACCCGCUGGAUCUCAUUAGUGUGAGGAAAGCUAAACAGGCUGUUGAGGUGCGGAAGGAGAUGUGGGAUCUGAUCAGUGCGUCUACAGCACAGAUCCAGCGCUGGAGACCACAGCAGUUCAGCAAGUUUAUUGUGGCCAGAGCUCAGGAGAAGGUAUCUAAGUGGCUUCAGCAGGCAGCCUCUUUCUCCAGUGUGAUUCCUGCCCAGGAUCUGGUUCUUCUGGAAGCCAAGCAGAACCUGGAUCAGUUCAGCCAGCAGCUUUCAGUUUUAGCACAGCUCAGCAGCCCCACACUCAAACCCACACACUGGAGGAACAUCUGUGCAGAGCUGGACCUGCUCUACUCCCCAGAACUGAACUUUACUGUGGCUGAUCUCCUGUCCACAGAACUUCUGAAGCAUGAAGGUGAAAUCAGGAAGAUCUGCAAAGAGGCUGCAGCACAACUGGAGCAAGCGUUCCGGAGCAUUCAGCAGAGCUGGGAACGGAGGGAAUUCCAGCUGAAGAGGUUCAUCUUCACAGUGUGGAGGAGUGAAGAUCCACAGCUUGCUGAAACACCACAGAAAAAGACCACUAGUGACAGCAAUUUUACCCACAAUGCACCACAACUGCACACCUGCGAUAGCAGAACCUUCACAAUAACAGGUCUGGACACGCUGCUGUAUCACGCUGAGGACAGUAUAAUGACCCUGUCCUGCAUGCUGCGCUCUCGGUACGCUCUGCAGUUCAGGACGGAGGUGGAGCUCUGGCUGCAGGUUCUGCAGGAGCUCGAGGAAUUACUGGAUAUCUGUGAGAGAUACCAGCAGAAGUGGAUCUUCCUCAGCAAGAUUUUCAAUCAGACUUCAGAGAGAACACCGAAACAGCUGAUGGAGAAGUUUUCCUUGGUGGAUAAGACCUUUCGGGAGAUUAUUCAGAUUACGUUAAGUGACCCGCAUGUGCUGAAUUUCGUACGAUUGUGGAAAACGACAGAGACCUGUGGUCAGUUCCAGGGACAGAAUCUACGCAUUCUUUUCACUGAAGGACUCACUGUAUUAGAGGAAGUAUGCAGUGAGUUGAUGGAUCUUGUGGAUUCAGUGCGUGGCGAGUUCCCCAGACUGCAGUUCCUCAGCGAUGGAGAAGUGAUGAAAAUAUUGUCCCUGCACCCAACACCCUUAUCUCUGCUCCCACUGGUACGCAAAUGCUUCAGAGGAGUACAGGGGCUUGAGGUGACCAACAGCAGUGGGAAUGACCUCAUGAGUCAGACAGAUUCUAAUGAGUAUGUACUGUCCAGGCCAGCAAUGAGGGUACAAGGCGUAUACGGUGCUCUACAAGAACACCUGCCCUUCCUCUGUCCACUGGAGCCUCCUGUAGAUCCUCUGAUAUGGCUCGGACUUCUGGAGAACAGGUUGUAUGAAACAGUUAAGCAGUUAAUGCACAGACGCAUUUUUGCUCGACAGUGUCAAAAGAAGUUAGAACAAAACGGUGUUCCUUCUCCUGAGGCUUCUGAGCUGCCAGCCUUUUGGCAGCAAGCAUCUGAGUAUCCAGUGCAGUGCUGUUUGGUGGCAGAGGAGGUUCUCUGGUGCAGUGAAGUUGAGAAGGCUUUCCAGGACCCAGAUCAGAGCAUUAGGAAGUCACUUAAGUCUCGGAAUGCUGCAAAACUUAAGAGCCUCUGUCAAGCCAUGCAAGCUAUAUUCGCAAAUUUGUGCGAUGGCACUUUAGCUACUAAACAUGCUUUAACUGCACUACGAGCCUUAAUUUUACUUACGAUGAAGCAUUACCAACAGAUUGAUGGCCUUGCUGAGGUAAAGGGCAGCCUGGAAUCUUCUUUCAAAUGGCAAAGGACCAUGACAUAUCGCCACAGUGCCACUGAUAACUGGAAUCAGAGUGGAUUGUCUCAGGAAGAUCUGUGCUGCACAGAACACUCAGUUUAUGUGAAUAUCUUAGGAAUGCAAUUGCCCUAUGGCUACGAAUAUAUAGGGCCUGAGAAUUGGAUGGCGGUCAACACUUCCUCAACAGAACGAGCAUUUUUGGUGAUUCUCUUUGCCCUUAGCAGUUACAGGUGUGCCUACAUUAGUGGACCCUCCAUGUCAGGAAAGAAAGAGACCCUACUCCAGUUAGGAUGGGCUCUGGGACGGCAGGUAGUCACCUUGAGGAUUUGUGCCAGUACAAGUUUGCCACUUGUUUGUCAAAUGCUGAUUGGUGCGCUCCAAACUGGUGCAUGGCUAGUACUCGAUUCUGUGGAAUCAAUGGAUCAGGGAAGUCUAUCUGUUCUUGGGCAGCAUCUAACAGACCUUCAUCAGCAUCUGUCCAUAGUUCCUAAACAGCAAAAAGUACAGGAGCUACAAGAUCUUAAUGAUUUGGCUUUACCAGAGCGAAAACCUUGGUGUCAAAAAACUGCAGAAAUGGAGUGCCAAGUACCUUUUGCAGGCAGUAACAUUUCAGUCAAGCCAAGCUUUGGUUGUGUCCUUAUCUCCUCAAAUGGGUACUCAGCUGAAAUCCCAGAAAACCUGCGAGUUGUGACAAGACCUGUUUCACUGAUGCAUCCAGACUACAGUAUCAUCACAGAGGUUUUGCUUGUGUCUUUGGGAUUCUCGGAAGCAGCCAGCUUAAGCCGAAGACUAGUUUCUCUGUUUAGCCUAGCGAAGGAUUUGUUUUGCCUUCCAGAUUACGUCUGCAGAGAUCAGACUUCCUGGCUUGUUCUACUCAAAAGAGUCAUACAUGCUUCUGGGUUGUACCUUUACAACUAUUUUGAGAAAAAUAAAGUAGGCAGAUUUGUCCAGCAUGUACAAGAUGGACAAAGAUCUGAUGAUGAUCCAGCUCUUCGAUGUCAGGGAUCUGACAAAAUACCACAAGGAAGUGAAGACCGUUGUUCAGGCCAUUACCAAUGCUUUGGUAGAGAUUCAGUAGUAAAUGCAGUUAGAGAAGAACAGUAUGUAGUCAGAGCAGUGGCAGUGGUGGUGUUGCCUGCCAUUACUGAGCCCAGCCGAGCCUCACAGUUCAAAGACAUUUUUGAGGAAAUUUUUCCAACAGGAAGAUCCUUCACGAUUCUUCAGAAAUAUGUUAAAGAGAGGGAGCAAGAUGUCCUCAGGAACGCUGUCUCAGAGGAGCUGCAGGAAACAGGACUUUGGCCUGAUUCACCAAUGCUAGACAGUGCUUUGACCCUGUAUGAGACCCUGGAGUUGUCUAAGGUGGUUAUGCUACUUGGACCAGCAGGAAGUGGGAAGACGACACUGUAUCAAGCUCUUGCGGGGGCCCUCAGACGACUUGCGGAAAAGUCCUCAAAAAGUGAAUUGGAUGAAGAGGAUGAUCUUGCAGACAAGACCAAAACCAAGGUUCCUUCAGGUUCACGUUGGUACUCUAUCAACACAGUGGUCCUGUUCCCCAAUGCUUUGCCCCAUGAGGAACUUUUUGGUAGAUGCUACAGACACCCAGGUUGCUGGUGCGAUGGCGCCAUUACCAAAGUGAUAAGAACCUCAGGAGAGCGAGAUUCAUUGGUCAAUGAUCUGUCUAGAGCCAAAGAUAGAAAGGCUAAGAAACCAAACGUUCAAUGGCUAGUCCUGGACGGGGAACCUUCAGAUCACCCAGGAUGGUUUUACUCUUUAAGAACGCUUGGUGACCUCAGAGAUCCCUGCCUCUGCCUCUUGUCAAGCGAAAAAGUCCAGCCAUCACAAGAACUGAAAAUAAUCAUUGAGAAUACCAGUCUGAGGGAUGCAGCACCCUCCACACUGGCACAGUGCAGCCUGGUACAUGUUUCAGGACAGGAUCUUUGGAAGUCUAUAUGGAAAAAUGAGCUGGACACUCUAUAUCAGGAUGACGCUCUGGACCGAAACACUCUAAAGAUGUGGAAAUCUGCAGCUGAUGACCUUUUCUCUCGAACUCUCACUUUCAUUAAACACCAUUCAUUGACUACUGUACUGUCUGGUGAAGGAGAUGAAGGCAUUAUUGAUGGCCUGAGAGAAAUAACCUCCUUCAUUAAUAUCCUCCAUGCUCUUCUAGAAGAGUUUGACGAGGGGUGUGGCUUGAAAUCGUCAACUAAGUCAACUCAAAAAGGAGACUUUUGCCACGACCCAAUCUUCACCCAGCUUCAAGCCAGGAACCUGUUUGUGAUAGCUUACGUUUGGGGGUUUGGUGGACACCUGCAUCCCAGACACUGGCCAAAGUUUGACCUUCUGGCACGAGAGGCCUUGUUCGAGAGCCGUUAUAAAAUCGAAGUGUCAGCUGAGGAUACGGUUUUCGAUCAUUUCUUUAAUCUCAGAGACAGAGAGAUGGAUGAUGCAACCAGUUUAGCCAGCUUUACCAGAAACCCACAGCAUUCAUACACACCUGUCCCACAGUAUGAGAAGCAUGCCUACCUGCUGGACCGGGUGCUGGAUGCAGGUCGGCCGGCGCUGUUAGUGGGAGAAUCAGCUUCAGGCAAAACUUCGCUCUGCAGGUUUUUAUCACAGCGAAGGACAAGCUUAAACUUUUCCGUCAGUCCACCGCUGCAGGCUGCUAAUUUACGAUAUAUACUGGAACGCGUGGCCCGUCAUCAGGCUGGACUUCACCCUGCGGGAACCAUCGCCCAGCAUCCACCUUUACUGCUGUUUGUAGAUGACCUGCAUGAAGCUCCUUCUGAUAAUAAUGGAAAGUCUUCGAUGGUGUUGGAGAUGUUACGCCAGUGCAUCUCUCAGGGAGGAGUGUGGAUGUCACAUGGCUAUCACUUCAGGUCGUUUAGCUCUGGAGCUCUGAAUUAUCUAGCAGCUCACAGUACUUUCGGAAUAGACGGAAGAAACCCCAGCACGAUUUCCCCUCGGUUCUCCAGAUUCUUCACGCUCUUCGUUCUUCCCGAUGUGACGCCAGAGGUUCUGUUUUCUGUCCACUCCUCACAGCUUCUGCCGUGGCUCCGGCGCUUCCCGUCCAUGCCAGCAGUUUCAGAUCUGGCACGGUGCAUAGUUUCUGCUACAUUUGAUGUUUACGCUGCUGUGCGAGAACAUUUAUAUGACUCUACAGAUGUUCAUUCUCCCUACACAUGGUUUUCCCUACAUGACCUUCAGAAGGUAUUUCAAGGGAUGUGUCUGUGGUAUCCAAUGAAUUCAGCAGGUCAUUUACUUACAAGGAAGUCCAGCAUCUCUUCCUGGACUUUACCUGCCUUUACUCAGGCUGACCUGCGUCCAGCGGCAACCGUGCUCAACAUCGCCCAACUGUGGAUGCACGAGUGUUUACGUACCUUCGGGGAUCGCCUAUCCUCAGACGAAGAAAUUCAAAACCUGGUGUCAGUUUUGACCCAAGUGUCCGAGAAGAGGUACGGAAGACGACUGGUUGAGAUUGAAUCUCAAACUAGUAAAGCAGACAAAUUGGACUCUACAGGUCAGUUAAAAGACAUCAACGAAGAUCACCAGAACCAACUGUUUCAACAAUCUCAACUAUCUCAACCGUCUCAACAAUCUCAAUGGUCCACAGAGACAAAAAAUAUUGAAGAGAGUGUUGCCUCCAAAGAGUCAUCAAUUGAAGAAGUUAAAAAGUGUCAUUUGGAAAGUUCUGGGGAACAAAGAGCCUCAAAUUCAAGGUCUUCUAAGAUUGACAGUGAAGAAGAUGACCCCAGUGUUGGUUCUUCAAGCAAGCAAAGCAAAAGUGAGACGAGUGGGUGCAGCAUAGCUGACGACCAACCUAAAUCGGUACUGAACGAAUCAGCACCACAAGAUUUUACACUUAGCAAAUCAGCUCUGAGUGAAUCAGCACUGAAUUUAAUGGAUAACAGUUCAUCAGAUGAAGCAAAACCGCUCGAUUCUGAUUCCAAAUUGAAUCAGUGUGACCUUCCAACAUGUGAAGACCAUUCCCAAGACCAAGACCAUUCCAGAUUGCUCCUAAAGCUGCUGCUUGAAAUGGGUUCUACAAUCGGCAGUGCAGUCUACAGUCCAGACUUCCGUAAACCAGUCGACUGGAUCGCACAGAAACAGCAGCACAGCUACCAGGAGCGAGACUUGGACAUGCUGAUACAGCAGUUGAAUCAAAUUGUAAAUCAAAAACAAGAAACCCACUUUGCCAUUUAUCCCAAACGAGUUCAUCAUCUGGUGCGGAUCCUCCGCGCUCUGCUCCUGCCUGGUGGACAUGGGGUUAUUCUGGCUGCAGGACGGAAAACGGGCCGGAAGACCACCGUGCGGCUAGCGGCUCGUUUAGCAGGACACAGACUGAUCGAGAUUCAUCACGGAAACGAAGCCAAACUAUCAGAGAUCCUGAGAGAGACUAAGAGCCAGACUGGUGUGAAUGGUGGACCUGCAGUGGUUCUGGUCCAUGAGGAUGUUAGCCAGGCCGUAAGGGAUAAGCUAAUGGUUGUGAUGGCUAAUAAAGCAGUUGUUCCAGAUGUCCCAGAAGAUGUCUACUUAGAUGAAUUUAUAAAGGAUGUGAUGCUUAAUAUCACAGCCAUGAAGAACUCAAGCAAACCUGGAAAGAGUGGGCAAAUCUUCAAGAGGCGUUUCAAAAACAGACGCAGAAAUCUGCACAUCUUUCUGCUGCUGUCCUUUAAUGAGGGACAACCUGGACCAUCACCUGUUGCUGUGCCACAUAUGACCAGGCUGUUCAGCUUGUGCUCAUGUGUGGAUGUGUACCAGCCGUGGAGCUCAGUCAUUUUAACUCAAAUCGCCUCUCAGCAUCUACAGCAGCAUCUUCAGAAUCUACCAUCAGAUAUUCAUGCAGGUGAGGGUGUGGUGUACAGUUUAGCUGAAGUGAUGGCUGGAGUCCACCUGUCUGCUCUACACUGCGCCUCCACGUCUCUGAAUGUUCAGCCGUUUGGUCCGAAGAACUAUUUUGAGCUGAUGAGACACUUUCACCACCUCUAUGCUCACCUCACAGAGCAGGGCAGAGUACCUACCACCAGGCUGGGGUCAGUUCUGGCCCGGGUGAGAGGCGUGACUGAAUCAGCACAGAAACUCAGAGAAGAGCUUCUCACUCUUCAAGCCAGAUAUGACCAGACACAAGAGGUGGUAAAGCAGCUGCAGGAGUCUGCGGACGCCGAGCGCGUGCAGUGUGAAGAAGUUAGCCGGCGCCGCCUGCUGGCAGAGGCUGAACUGUGGGAUCUGGAGGAGCAGCUGGAGCAGGUGGAGCAGCAAAUCCGAAGGUCCAUGAGCGAGGCGGGUCCGCUGUACCAGGCAGCUCUGAAUGCCCUGAGAUCUUUAAACCAAUCAGACCUGGAGGAGGUGCGGAGCUACAGACAGCCCCCUGCUGGAGUCGUCACGCUAAUGAACGCCGUGUGCAUGCUGUUCCAUCAACCUUGCAGCUGGGAGAACAGCAAGCUCCUGCUGGGUCAGAGCGAGUUCAUCCAGGAGCUGGAAUUCUUCGACCGGUCCUCGUUAAGUAACGAGGUGUUUGAUAAGCUGGGUGAGGUGGUGCGGUCGGCGGAGCUGCAGCCCGAGUCGGUCCGGGCCGUGAGCCGGGCCUGCGAGUCUGUGAGCUGCUGGCUGCAGGCGGUGUACCAGUGCGCUGUGGUCCAGCGGCUGAUGGUCCCACUGGAAGCCCAGAAGAGCCGGUUGUGGAAGAGCGCGGCGGAGAGACGUGCCCGGCUGCGGGAGGCGAGGAUGCAGGAGGAGGCUGCCCAGGAUCAGCUGGAGGUCACAGAGAGGCAGCAGAGGAUGGUCAGAACCAGUCUGGACCAGCUGGCAGAGCAGAUCCGUGAGGUUCAAGCUCGAGAGAAGGAGGCGGUGGCUGCUGUCCAUCAAAUCAGCUACUACACAGAGAAAUGGAGCUCCCUACAGCAGGAGACAGAGAUGAAUAAGCGCACCAUUCCAGGAGAUGCGCUGCUUUUGGCAGCUGCCAUAGUUUACCUGGGCCCGUUUGGACCGGACGCACGAUUAGAUCUGCUAGAAAAGUGGCACAGAAUGUGUCUGACAGGAGGGAGGAACGCUGGUCCAGACCACCCACCAGGAUCUCUGCCUGAUGGAGCACAGUGUGGUUCUGCUCAGAACCCUGGGUUUGUACCUGUUCCUGUGGGUGCAGAACUUUACAGGGUCCUGGCUCGAGCGGUCGGGGUGGAUGAUGAUGAUGGUUUGAGUAAAGAAGAUUCUUCUCGUCUGGUUCUGGAACUGUUGCGAUGGGGGAAUAGGGUUCCAUGGGCCCAGAACUGGACUUUGCUGGCGGGUCCACGGCAACGCGAGGAGCUCUGUUCUCCAAUGGUCCUGCUACCAGGAGAUGAAGAUGAGUAUGAGCUGGUGGUUUCUGCAGACGACCCAGAAUUCCUUAAGAAACUCAGACAUGGAGCAGAGACAGGUGUGAGAGUGCUGAUCACUGAUACUGAGUGUGCUGAUCCCAGUGAAGAGUUUCUCCAGUUGUUACAUCGAUACUCAUCUAAUGCAGAACAUUCAGAGACAUCUCCUCGCUCUGGGUUUCACCUCGUCCUGAGCUCUUCACUCCCUGUACUCGUACUGCUGGAAGAGAUUCACCCCUCAGUCCUGGAGAAGAUAAAGGUCAUUGAUCUGUCUCUGAGCACGUCUGAAACCCAGGAGACAAUACUGACUAAUAUACUCCAGUCUGAGUGCCCAGACGUGUGGACACGGCACUGCCAGCUAAAGACAGAUCAACAGGCCCUUCAGAAACAGCUCCACCUACAGGAGGCAUCUUUAAUGGAGUACAUUUUCAAGACUCCCACCCCUCUGCUGCAGGAUUCCUCCCCUGGGUUUGACCCGUGGGUCUCCAAGUGUUUGGACUCCUUGCAGAAGCUUAGAGCAGAAAAUGAAGAGCUGUCCAAUGAUAUUAAUCAGCACAGAUCAGUGAUUAGCCAGUUCCACGGUGUAGCAACUCUAAUCACCCGUAUAUACACGUCACUGCAGGACGUCGGGCGCUUGUCCCCCUUCUACUGCUUUCCUCUGGACAGGUUCUUGUUGGUGUUGCGGGACGCUUUAGCUCAAAUGAGUCGGCUGGGUGGUACCUAUAGUGGAGAGGAGAUUACGGAAAUGUCUCACAGGAUAGUAGCUCACUACCUGGCCCAUUACAGACCCUGCUUGUCUCAGUGCCAUGCUGAAGUUCUGAAGCUCCAGGUAUCCACAACGUUCUUCACCCACAGCGAGGGUCACGCCACCGAGAUGGAACGUACCGCCUUUCUCCUGGGAAUUGGUCAUGCUGUAUCCCCAGAACCCACGCCGUCACUGGACAAUCCUGAGCCUGAGCUGCCGAGCUGGGUUCCAGAGCAUGUACGUGCUGAUGUACGCCUCCUGGAGAAGAUGUCACCCUUCCGUGGACUUUGCUCUUCCCUAAGGAACUCAUCCCGACAGUGGCAGCAGUACCUGCGCUUCCCGUCCUCCACGGUGGUCGGACCAGUACCGUGCGAGACACACUCCCACCUGACCGUGCUACAGCGGGCCAUCCUGUGGAGGACCUUCUUCCCGCAGUGUCUCGCCACGGUGGCAAACGACCUCACCACCUGCCAGCAGGGGGAGCCAUGGAGUUCAGCGGUGGGGAGUGGAUCUCACACAGGUUCUCUGAAGCAGCUUUUACAAUUUUUGUCCAGAAAUAAAGGUCCAGUGAUCAUAACCUUGCCUGACCAGAGCACAGCCGAGUGCAGAGGGGUUCACCCUCUCUACUGGAUUACCGAAUUAGCGCAUGUACAAGAAAAACACGGAAAUAGGCAGGUGAAGGUGAAGGUAAUUACGUUCGGGUCUGAAAGUCAGAGAGGCGCCGUUCUCUCAGAACUGGACCAUGCUGUCCGAACUGGACACUGGCUGGUUCUGAAUAACUGCCACCUGCUGGAUCACUGGGAUGAUGGUGUAGUCGCUCGGCUGAGAAGACUGAUGUCCUCUAGAUCAGAAGAUCCAGAGACGAGUGAACAGGAUGGACCGGCUGGAGGACGUGCAGUGGAUAAGGUGCACCCACGGUUCCGUCUGUGGUUUAUAACUAAAGGCAGUGCUGCCUUCUCUGUUCCAGCGGUGGUGAGGGUCUGUGCCCUGCACCUGGUGUGCGACUCUGAUCAGGAUCUGCGAGAUGAGCUGUGCUCCUCUCUGAGACGAGUUCUACACAGAACUUUCACCAACUCCUCAUCAGGACUCUCCAUGACCGCUGCAGAACCUCGUAUCCGCUGUGCGAUCCUUCAUUCUGUACUGCUACAGAGACAACAGCUGGCACAGCGGGCACACGGGCACCUGUAUCACUGGACUCAGGAGGAUCUGCUGGCGUUGGGGGAUGCUCAGGUCCACAUGACUGAACUCUGCAGUGACCCCACAGGAGCUAUAGAGUAUAUAGCAGCUAAUCUAAUAUAUGGAGGACACGUUUCUGAUUGGUCUGAUUUGGAGGAAGUAAAGGCAGUGUGCAGACUCUGUCUCCAACCCUCACCUCCCACACAGGGAAUCGGCCCUCACACUCUGUCAGAGUCUGUCACAGCAGCAUAUUUCGGUGAGGAGGAUUUGAUGAAGGUUCUGGAGCGCCGUGUUCACUCUGUACUGAGCAGUACUGGUACUUCUGUGCUGGGCUUCAGUGCAGCAGUGAUGGCUGAGAUGGUGAAGGUGAAGAGUCUCAGGCUUCAGGCUCUGCUGCUUAAGUCACUUCACGGUUCUGGUGGAGUUUCUGGUCCAGGCAUCUCCAGUCAUCUUCAGAGUCUCCAAGACUGCAGGAAGUCUCAGGACAGGUUACAGGCUCUGUGGAACAAGCUGAGCUGCAGCGAGGAGGGUGGAGGUACAGGUUUUGGAUCUAUACCAGCAGGCCCACUAAGCAGGUUCCUUAGAACCGAGCUGGAGCAGCUGAUGGAGCAGGUGUCUCAGUACCUCUCCUCAUCCUCAUACCCUACCCCAUCAACCGUGUGGGCACUGGAGACCCGAGCGGAGCUGCUCAGAGCGUAUCAGUGGGAGGAGUCCAGUGGGAAACAUCACGUCUACUGUCUGUCUGCGUUCUCUAACGCUCGCGGGUUCCUGGCGGCUCUGCUCAGAGAGAACGCUCGGCUCAGACAGCAGGAGCUCAGCAGCAUCUCGCUGCACUUUCAGGUUCUUGACCCUGCAGCCUCUGUACCGUCCAGUGGAAUCUGCAUUUCUGGGCUGGAGCUGCGUGGAGCUCUGUGGGACAACAGGCUGGGAGUUCUGCAGGACAGCCUGUCCCCUAACCACUGUCCUCUACCGCUCCUCUGGGUCAGAACUCUAGAGCAGGACCUUCUGAAAACCUCCCGUCCUCAGGUUGUGUUUAACUGUCCACUGUACCUGGACGUUCAGGAUCCAGGUGAUGACUGGAGUCUCACUGAAGAACACAUCAUCACCCACGUUCCCCUCAGGACCCGGUUAGACCCGGUUCUGUGCACUUUGAGACGGGUCCGACUGGUCAGCACUCUCUCAGUGAACAGGUUCCAGAACUGAUUUUUUCUUAUUUCAGAAGUUUUAUUUGAAGUUUAAUCAAAAUUACAGAAAAAAAUUAAACAAUGAACGCUGUUUAGAAGUCAAUUUUACAAAUAUGUAUAAUGAUACAUACAUCAUUUUAUAAUCAAAAAAUGGUAAAUGAAUUUACAGAUGUCAUUAAUAGCCAUUUACAGUGGUAUGAAUACACUUUAUACACUGAUAAAGUGUAAUAUUGUACAAGUGUCCUCCGUUCUCUUAUGAUUAAAGCGUAUAGUCCGUUUCUCACAGCUACCGUUUUUUGUAGAGACAGGGGUUGAGCUGCAGCUGGAUUUUCUUCACGUUACUGGGAGAAUCUUGUAUCUUUGUAAACUCAAAGCAGUAGAAGUGGGUGUUGUCUGUGUCCUACACAAGGAAAACAUAAAUAGAGAGAUAUUAUUUAUUAAUUUUUACGACAAUUUGAUUAUCAACAGUAAUGCCAGGUUUACACUAGGGGGUGUGCCAUAUCAUAUCGUAUGCGAUUAUAUCGCCAACAUUUUUGAAUAUCGUGAAUGAUAUUAUACCCUGAAAUAUCGUGCUAUAUCAUCCACCCCUAAUUAUCACAUCAGGGUACUACUUUUUUUUUUUUUUACUUUACUGUUUUUAGCAAAUGAAAAAUUCACACUAUUCUAAUUUCCCAUUAUAUAUCUACUAGACAGAUUUUACCUGUUCAGUAUCAUUUAUUUUACUUUUAUCCUGGGUAUAUGGAGAUGUUUGAAGUGUAGUAUUAGUAUCACGACAUUCUGGAUCUUUGACUUCUGUUACAAAUCUGAUAAAAUUCUUUUUUUUAAAUACCUUAGUUAGGGUUGUGUCAUAUCAUAUCGUAUGCAAUAAUAAAAUUGUGUUUUUUAUAUUUUCA